UGUCAACAACAGUGGAAUAAAAACGGAAUUCAUCAAAUAUUCAUUGCUCUAUAAAGGUCAUGAACUGCAUCAGAGAUGAUCAAGGAAAAGAUGUAUUAUAUGACGCCUCUGGAAAGGAAUGUAAAUCACAUGUACACACGUCAAUACAAGAAUAUUUUGAAAAAGCAUCUGCUAUACAUGCACACACACAGGCACACACGUACGCACGCACACACGUACGCAAGUACACACACACACAGAUUCAUUUCAUACACAAAUAUAAGUGAAAGUUGCUUUUUGACAUUUUCAAACUUUGUGAACAUUCAUUUUACACCAGCACCUGCGUUUAGUCUGUCGAAAAGCUAUUCACUUGAAAUACAAAGAUACAAAUGUACUUUGACCUGAGAUGAACUUGUGAAUCAAAGGAAUCAUGUGUGUGUGUGACCUUGACUCCCAUCUGUCAGGAGAAAUGCCAGCCGCCAUGUGUGAAGGAAGCUCAUUCUCAGCAAAUCACCUUCAGCUCAAUAAAGACAUGCAUUGUUUCACCAGCUGAUAUUUAUCGAUAUUUAAUCAUCAUCAUGGUUCACAUGUGUAGGUAGGGUUAGCUGUACUUCAAGCCUGUCAAGGGUGUGUAUUAUAUCUAUUCAGUGUGACAGGUUCACUAACAAUCAGUAGUUACAAAUGUUUAGAAAUAAUGAUGUUUUUACACAUAAUAAAUAAAGGUAAAAGAUACUGCCAAUAACCUAAAUUGAUGUUUGGAAAUUAUCUUUUUUUUCAGAACACACAGAAGAUAAAUAAAUCUUCACAGGUUCACGGCGGGCUGGAUCUGACGUCACCCCUCACAGCGUUCCAAAAGAAUAUUUACCCCGUCCUGAUCCACUAACACAACAUUCACUAAAUAAAACUACUUAUUUUCUUAUGGAACCUCACUUUUUAUCUAUAAUCCUUAACUAAAUCUGGUGGGGUUACUAGCAAACAGACGGUAAAUGACCUCUGACCCCAUCUGGAUUCUGAGGUAAAUCUGAGCUGCAGUCCUGUUAAUCCUAAUCUAUCCGUGAUCACGUGAUGGAGGAAAAACCCUAAUCAUAUCUCCGUCACGUUCACAUAGAAAACAUGUUCUCUCUGCUGCUUCUGCCAACAAUCUGAUGUGGUGAGUUCUUCUUUUAGAUGAUAGGAUACACAUGCAUCUAUUUUGUUGCAUUUGAUGUCUGCAGUUCUCUUGAUAUAUUUAGCAUGUGUACCAGUGGCGGCUCCAGACAAUUUUGAUUGGGGGGGCAAUGGGGGGUCCUGGUCAUUUCAAGGGGGGUCUCAUGAAAACCAAAAAAAAUAAAUACAGUGGACACGGCUAAUAACUGCAUAUUACUGCUACUAAACAAAUAAAACCAGAUCGAUGCACACUGUGAAAAAAAUGACGACAGGCAAAACAAAAAGCAGCUUCUUUUGACAGAAUAUUCAAGCCACUGGUACUGUUUGAACCACGAGUAACUAAAACCCCUGGAUGCUAGCUGCCCCUGCGAUCCAAAAGAACGACACGGUUAUGAUUUUAAUUAAGCUGUCUUGGUUUCUCGGCUGGGCCAUGGCUUAAAUCCCCCGUUAAAUCCAUUCCAUUUCUAAUAAGUAUUUGCAACAUUAAGUGCAUAAUGAAAAUAAAAAUUCAAUUAUAUCAAUUACAUUUGUAUUCAUAAAAAGGAACUCCCAAAUGUAAUUGAUAUUAUUGAAUUUUUAUUUUCAUUUUGCACUUAAUGUUGCACAUAUUUAUUUGAAAUGUAUAUUUAGAUACACGAUUGCAUUGUCAAUUUACAUACUGCAUUGCCAUUUUGCAUAUUACAUUGCAAAUUGAAUUUUACAACACACGCUUCCAUAUGCGAGUUGCUCCGGUCCCACCUCCUCAUCCUCCAAUUCCUCGGUGUCCUCUAUUUCUAAUUCUAGUAUCAAGCAAGGCUCGCCCUCCACUGCAACGGGUAUAUUUUCAGUCCUAUUUCCAUCUGCUGUCAAUUUGUUUUUAGGUAUGACGAAGCGAUCCAUUUUUAGCUUCAAGAUAUAAAGUGCGUUGCAGCACUUACGGGCUCGCGGCAGCGCCUUGAACGCAAUGACGCAAGGCGCAGCGGCAGCAACGUUCAUGGGGCGUCGCAGUGAUUCUUAUGUUUAUAUUUCGAAUAAAUUAUGAAUUAUUAUUGUUCUGCAUAGUUUGAAGAGGACCAUUGUUAAAUCUUUAUCCCGGAUAUAUAUAUUUUAAUAUAUAUUAAAUAUUUUUUAAUCAGGGAGGGGGUGGGGGGUCAAAUGGGGGGUCAAGGCGUUUUUUGGGUGGGUCUUGAGACCCCCCAAGACCCCCCCUGGCGCCGCCGGUGAUGUGUACAUAGAUGUGAAGCACUGUAAACGGUGAAUGUGUGUUUGUGUGUGUUUGUGUGUGUUGGUGCAGUGAAAUGGGAUGCAGAGUCACUAAAUCAAACAAACAGCAGCGGAUACAACGUAAGCGAGGUGUGUAAAUGUCCAGAUCAGUGACUCUAUAAAACACAAGGACACGUUCACAUUUUAAAGAGCUGUCUCUCUCCGUCUGUCUUUCUCUUUCGUAGCAAUUGUCUCAGUUCCAGGUAAUUAAUCUGGUUUAUUUGUCUGGAGGACAUCUUAUUACUGCUGCGGUGAAUCUGAAUGAUUGAAUGUGUUUUCUCUCUGUGUCUGAAGCGUCACACACAGCGGUCACAGGUGAGACGCGCACACACACACACACACACAGGUGUUUCUGUGAAUGUGAUGAAAGUCACCGCUCUGUUUCUCUGCAGCCAUGCGCGCAGCUCUUCUCAUCCAGCGCUGGUACCGUCAGUAUGUUGCUCGGCUGGAGAUGAGACGUCGCUGCUCCUGGAACAUCUUUCAGUCUAUAGAAUAUUCUGGAGAACAGGAUCAUAUCAAGCUUUACAACUUCUUUGGUUGUCUGAUGGAUCAUUUCACACCUGCCAGCAGCCAAAAAAAGUGGAUCUCGCACAUAUUUCAUGAGAGUGAUGCGUUUCAGGAUAUGGAGUUGGAGAGAUAUUUCUCUUAUAAAAUCAUUGAGGUUCCAGAUGUUUACUCUGGACCUCAUCUUACAUUCCCAUUGACCAUCUCUAAUGUCACGGAGCUCGUGGACGCCUUCAAAAACAAACAAAAGCUUCAUGCUCAUUACGUGCUGCGGCUGCUGGAGAAAACACUGAUGCUCCUGCGCUUUCUGCCCAACAUCAAUCACGUGUCCACCUGCAAAUACAAAGAAAUCACCAUCUGCGGAGAUCUGCAUGGACAUCUGGAAGAUUUGUUGUUGAUCUUUUACAAAAACGGUUUUCCUUCAGCGGAGACGCCGUAUGUUUUUAAUGGAGACUUUGUUGACCGAGGGAAAGAAUCCAUCGAGAUUCUGCUGGUUCUGUUUGCCUUUCAGCUGCUGUAUCCACAUGAUGUUCAUCUGAACAGAGGAAACCAUGAAGAUCACAUUGUAAACUUGAGAUAUGGGUUCACAAAAGAAGUUCUGGGAAAAUAUCGCGUUCAUGGGAAACAGAUUCUCAGACUCCUGCAGAAGAUCUUCAGCUGGUUGCCGCUGGUGACGGUAAUAGAUCACAAAGUUCUGAUUCUACACGGAGGAAUUUCAGACAAGACCGAUCUCAACCUGAUUUCCAAACUGGACAGACAACGGUUUGUUUCGGCGUUCAGGCCCAUGCGGGGUGAAGCGUCCGUCAGGCAGGAGGAAGCAGAGAGAGAUGACGGGCGGAGGAGAGUUCAGUCACUCUCUUACAGUACAGCUGUGCGGCUAAGACCCGAUAUCCCGCGUCAUUCACUGCACUCUGCGUCCAGACGAGACGUUGGAUCCGUGGAGGAGGAACUGAGCGAGAGACGUCGUCUGGCCGGUCUUGGUCUGACGUCAGACCAGGGUUCUGCUAAAGAUCUGCAGACGGAAGCGUGGAAACAGAUAGUGGAUGUCCUGUGGAGCGACCCGAUGCCUCAGAACGGAUGCGUACCCAAUGACGUCCGAGGGGGCGGCUGUUACUGGGGUCCGGACGUCACACAAAAAGUGCUGGACAGACACAAACUUCAGCUGCUGAUCAGAUCACACGAGUGCAAACAAGAGGGUUACGAGUUCUGCCACAACCGCAGGGUUCUGACCAUAUUUUCAGCCUCAAAUUAUUAUGACGUGGGCAGUAACAGAGGCGCUUACAUACAUUUGGGUCCUGACCACAUUCCUCAUUUUAAACCGUUUCAGGCCAGCCGGACAACCCGGGAGCUGACGCUCAGACAGAGUGUGGGGAGAACGGAACGCUCAGCUUUACAGGCUCUGAGGAUGCUGCUGUUCACACACAAAUCUGAACUGAUGCGAGAGUUUCUUCAACACGACCCCCAGCACACAGGUCUGAUCUCUUUGAGGAGUUGGGCAGUUGCCAUGGAGACGGUUCUGCAUCUGAGUCUCCCGUGGAGGGUUCUGAGAUCUCAGCUGGUGUCAAGCUCAAAUGAUGGGAUGCUGAACUAUGACGAUUGGUUCAACCAGCUGUCUAUAAUCCAGCCCAACGCUAAAAUUGCCAACACGAGUCUGCUGGAGACCCUUUACAAACAUCAUUCAAACCUAGAGACCAUCUUCAGAAUGAUCGACACGGAUCAUUCAGGUCUGAUCUCAUUUGAGGAGUUUCAUCAGACAUGGAAGCUGUUAAGCUCUCACCUACAGACCAACAUCUCUGAUAAAGCCAUCUCAGAACUGGCCGAGAGCAUCGACUUCAACAAGGACGGAAGCAUCGACAUCAAUGAGUUCAUGGAGGCCUUUCGACUGGUGGAACAAUCUAGAGCUGAUAGGAAACCAUCACCGACCACAGGUCAACGAACAACAGAUAAACUAACAACAACACAAAAUCUGUCCGACAUCACCCGUUGAUCACAGCUCCAGUCCAACAACAUGUCUGAAUG